GGAAGUUUCAUCGGUAGUCCAGCAGUGGAUCCUCUUAUCGUCAACUUUGACGAAGGUAUGAGGCUUUACUAGCCCCCCCGUCGCUCACCUUUCAACGUACAUUACCUCACGCCAGGCACUCUAUCCUUACCGUCUAAUCUACAAACAAACAUGAAUCUCCGUAAUACCCUUGCCAUUCGAAAUCGUAUGACAAUACCGAUUGACUCCAAUAUAGAUAUUUCAAGUCCAAUUAACCUCGGAACUAGUGUUGCAAGUGGUUUAAAUUUAUCGUCAAGUGUACAAGCAAUGCAGCAUCAUCAUCACCAACAGCAUCAACAACAACAACAGUCUGUGUCAGCGGAUCCAACCUGCCAUCAUGUAUCUUCUUAUUGUCAUCAAAGACCAUUCCAUUCACAUUCUCAUGGACAACCGUUGACACAGUUACAGAAUCAACCAUCAUCCUUGCAAAUACAACGUUCAACUUAUCCUAAUACCCAUCCUAAUCAAGGAACUAAUAAUCAACGCUCUAGAUAUCCAUUUCCCCUUUUUAACUAUACUUCCUGGAGAAGAUAUUAACUGUUUGUAGCGACGAGUAUGGACGAGCAUACAAAUUCAGCCUGGCAGUGAGCCUUUUCUUAUCUUUCUCGUGCAAUUGCAAUGAACAUUCACGCUAAAUUAAUUAUGAUCAUUCUUUUUAUAUUCAAUGCGUAAAUGCAUGCCAAUCAAUUGAAAUUUAAUGAAAUUAAUAUUUCACAGUGUUUGAUAGUGCAGAGCGCUAGUAAUUGUUUUGUUAUUCUUGUAUUCUUAUUCUAUUCUAUUUUUCUUUAAUCUAAACAUGAAUGUUCAUGCACUAGGAAAAUUUUUUAGACAAGUUAAUAACAAUUCUAUAUGUAAUUAUGCCAAUUCGAUUUACUGCAUUUAUUACGGGCAAUAAUGCACACGCGUUCACUCAAAUACGAUCAUUAUUGAUAUAAGUAAUUAUUUGUAGUUUUAUUAUUGUUGAUUGAUGCUGUUAAUAGUAUUAAUUGAUUGUUUAUCUAUUUGCCCGAAAAAUUUAUAAACGUGCGUAAACAAUCGUCAGCUUCGAGCUGAAAUGCCUUGAUAUAUUUUGGCUUAUUAUACGGUACUUCCAUAAACUUUUAACUAAGAAUAAGAAAAGUAAGAUUAUAAUAUAUAAAUAUUAUUUGGGCAAAGGAGAAAGAAUUUUUAAUGUAAAUUUGUAUUUUUUCUUUUUCUUCUGUUUUCUACUAUCGAUAAAAAUUAUUGAUUAAUUAGAUUUAGAUAAAUUUAUCAACAAAACCGGGCAAAUGAUUGGAAAAUUUUUGAAAAAUAGAAACAAUAAAUCGUGUGAAACCUUCGUAGUGGCAUUUGCAUUAGCAAUCAUUGAAAGAAAUUAAAAUAAAAAGAAAGCAGAAAAAGAAUACUAAUAUUUAAAGAUAUAUAUUUAAUAUACAUAUAAUUAAAAUAUAUACAUAUUAUAUGUAUAUUAGAUGUAUAAAUAUAAAUAAAAAUAUAUAUAAAUAUAUAUACACAUAUAUAUAUAUUUAUAUGUAAAUAUAAAAAUAGCAAUUUAAUAUUAAUUAUUAUAAUGAUAUAAGUUUAAAUUAAAUACAGUAAGAAUUAAAUGAAUUAUUGAAAGAUUUUUGGCAAAUGUAUCUGCUCUUACGACGGUUAUAUUUGAUAAAGUUACUGUCAUUUGUUUAACCAUGAUGAAAUUGAGAGAAAAAAAAAAUAGAAAUCGGGUAAGUAAAUUAGAGAAAAAUCAAUCAGUAUAUAUGUGUAGAUGUGUGAUACAUAUAUGUGCAUGUGUGCCUAUGUAUGUGUCCACAAAACACGCAUACAUAACGUACGUGUAGAAGGAAAUAAUGAAUAGAAAUAGAAUGAUUAUAUUAAAAAUAUAAAAAAAAUUAUAUUUAAUGAAAUUACGCUGAGCAAAAUUAAUAUUGCGCAUUAUUAUAUGAUUGAUGUAUGCAAAAAUUCAUAAAUUUUACGUUUGAAUGAUGUUUAAAUUCAAUAAACUUCAUAUUAUGAUUAAUUGAGA